UAGUGUGUGUUCGUUCUUCAGCUGUUUAGAUUCUUGUUUGACGUUAAUUAUUUCAAUGUUGCCAUGUACUUUUAGCGUAAUUAUUUCAAUAUCGUGUUUUUCGUUGUGGAAAUAACGAACUUUCAUCAUGGUGCUAAGCGAUGUGGACAAAUUUCUUCACGGAUUAGAGAAAGCUGAAUUAGAGGCACCUGGCGGAGUUGCGUCAGUACAGACUUAUGCUCAAUUAUUAGCUGUGUAUCUUUAUCGAAAUGAUUUAUGCAAUGCCAAAUACUUGUGGAAGCGGAUACCAGCGGAUUUGAAAAGCGGCAAUGCGGAACUCGGCCAAAUAUGGAUGGUGGGACAGCGUAUGUGGCAAAGGGACUGGUCUGCAGUUCACGUUGCCCUUAACGCAGAAUGGGGCGAGGAUGUCUCCGACAUUAUGGCUGCUCUAAAAGAAAAUGUUCGAGAAAGAGCGAUUACCUUAAUAUCCAAGGCUUAUUCAUCGCUGGGUUUAACCGUAUUCGCGUCGAUGACGGGUUUAACAUUGGAGGAAGCUCGUCGAGUGGCGGUCGAAAGGGGUUGGGCCGUAGAUGGGACGAUGGUGCAGCCUUGUAAGAUUCAAAAAGAAGAGAGCAACCUUGCCAACGAUGUUUGCCGUACCGAGGAUCAAUUGUACAAACUUACUCAGUUCGUGUCUUUCUUGGAGAACUGAACGGACAGCAGCGGGUCGUGAAUGACGAAGCUCACGCAACACGAAGACACGAUCGACAGUACUUUAAACUUAGUUUUACCUCGUAAUCGUAUUAUAUAAAGGAGGAAGUGUGCUUCAAAGGAGGCACCUGUGUCCCUUCCCUAAGUAUAUACCUCGGUCUACCUACGCGUCCUGCUCAUUCAAUCGGAAGACUCAUUCGAUGAAGCUCGCUGUAAGCAUGGAGUCAACAACUCGAUUAAUCAAUAACCGGCUGUCGUGUGCGAGGAAACUGGCAUUUUCUAGAAGAAGCACUUUCCACAGGGGAGAAGAAAAAUCUACAGUCCGAAUCACUAGGAUUUCAACUUAAUAUAUAUAUAUAUAUAUAUACAUAUACAUACAUCUUGAUCAACCAGUGUUCAUUUUAGCAUUAAAAC